GUUAGUUGGUACAUAGUCAUCUUGGAUUUUCAGUUUUCUAGUUUCUUCACUACUAUCAAGAUGGCUUCAAGUACGAGGCUCAGAAAUGGUCAUCCAAAAAAUAUUUCAUCAAUACUUUCACGCUUACAAGGAGCAUUCACGGAUGCAAUGGCUCCUCCAAAGUUAGUUAUUGAUAAAAGAACUCUAGAAAAAACGUGGAAGUUGAUGGAUCGCGUUGUGAAGCAGUGUCAACAACCCAAGAUGAACUUGAAAAAUUCACCACCAUUCAUCUUAGAUAUUUUACCUGACACUUAUCAACAUCUUAGAUUAAUUUAUAACAAAUAUGAAAACUACUUAGCAUCACUUAAUAGCAAUGAAUAUUUUAAGGUUUUUAUUGAGAACAUGAUGAGAAAGUGCAAACAAGCCUUGAAGCUCUUCAAGGAAGGCAAGGAGCUGAUGUUCGAUGAGUCAUCGCACUACAGGAGGAAUUUAACAAAGCUCUCACUAGUCUUCUCACACAUGCUGUCAGAACUGAAGGCCAUCUUCCCAGGACCUCAAGGAGCUUUUGCAGGGGACCAAUUCAGGAUAACAAAGGGAGAUGCAGCUGAGUUCUGGAAAAGAAAUUUUGGUGACAGGACGGUGGUGCCGUGGAGGUUCUUCCGUGACACCCUGAGUGAAGUGCACAGCAUAGGACCUGGACUGGAAGCUAUGGCCCUCAAGUCCACAAUAGACCUCACCUGCAACGACUAUAUCUCAAAUUUUGAAUUUGACGUCUUCACAAGAUUAUUUCAGCCGUGGCCCACCCUGCUGCACAACUGGCAGAUCUUGGCAGUGACACACCCUGGCUACGUCGCCUUCCUCACCUACGAUGAAGUCAAAGCAAGACUACAGAAAUACAUCUCCAAGCCCGGCAGUUACGUGUUCAGGCUGUCGUGUACGCGACUCGGUCAGUGGGCCAUAGGAUACGUGACCAACGACGGCUCCAUCCUGCAGACCAUCCCUCAGAACAAGUCCUUGUGUCAGGCCCUCCUGGACGGAAACAGAGAAGGAUUUUACCUCUACCCUGACGGCCGCAACCUCAACCCUGACCUCUCCUGGGUGGUGCAGGCCACUCCAGAGGACCACGUCAAGGUGACGCAGGAGCAGUACGAGCUUUACUGCGAAAUGGGCUCCACUUUCCAGCUGUGCAAAAUCUGCGCCGAGAACGACAAAGACAUCAGAAUAGAGCCUUGUGGCCAUCUCCUUUGCACCCCAUGUCUCACAUUGUGGCAGGACUCGGACGGUCAGGGAUGCCCGUUCUGCCGAGCGGAAAUCAAAGGCACUGAGCAAAUCAUCGUCGACCCUUUCGAUCCGCACAAGCAACCGCGAGCACGGACAAUGGCGACGGCUGUUGCCGCCAACAGCAUCAACAGCGAUCUGUUGAACAUCAACGGUACUGCAGCCCAACAACAACAACAACAACAGCAACAACAACACUUCCUGUUAGACACGGAGGAGGAGGAAGAGGAGAUGACGGUGCUAGAGCACCCAGAAGGGGAUGGUAUUGAGUCUGGUUCAGAGUUAUCACAAUGUCCACGAUCUCCUUCCUCAAUUAACGAUUACGUUUCGUGUUUUGAGUUCGACCAAACGUCCGGUGCAACUGCUUCGAAUAUUAACAACAGUGACACUGGGUUCCGUGCUUCUUCCACUUGCAACGUUCCGUCGAGAGAAUUUUCCAGUAACAAUUACGGUGUUCUGGGUGAUGGGAUAUCAACCGAAGAUGGGAGAUCGGAACACAGUAAUGACGAAUCCACAAAUGAAACCAGCAGUCGUUUUGAAAAAAUCUGCUCUAUGCUAACUCGGACUUCGGUCUUUAGCAAAAGGACUACAGAUGCGGCAAAAAAUGCCAACUCAAAUAUUCCUAAGUUAAAUUCUGCUUCGUCCGAGAAUCCCUCAAGUGAGCUGCCUCCUCCAAUCCCACCAAGAAACUCUACGCCAACCCCUCCUGCCACUUCAUUUCGUGGCGAUCAUUCGGCUAUCAAUAAAGUACGGGAUGGCCAUAAUUGCAGAAGUUCAAGUUUGAAGGAGUCUGCCGUAAGAAGAAACCACCUUAGAAGCAGUAGUUUUGACGGCUUCAGUCCUUCAAGUCCAGCGUAUCAAAAACCUUCGCUGUCCGGUUCUGGUCGAAUCGCUGACAAUGCAUCUCCAAGUCCACAGUUCUCUUCAACCGACAAGUUGCGCGUCCAUUCAUCAGUGAAACAAUCAUCUGGGUCGCCAGUAGACCCUGACAAAGGCGUUGAUGGUUCAUUUGAUGAAGAACAUAAAAAGAAUUUAAGUCGUAAAGAAAUUAACCUGGAUCCUGCGGUAGACCCUGGCAGGCCGUUCCUCCUGUUUGAGAGCACAGCAGAAAAUUCUGCGAUUACUCACAAAACAUCCAAUUUACGCGAGUUGCAACAUCUCCAGCCAAGUUCAUUUACUCAUUGGGAUCAAAAUUUGGUGGAAGAUUCGGAAUAUUUGGAACCUCCGCAAGUGCCCGACAGGACAGACAGCCUUCAUCGCGCCCCCGAAAUUCCGAUGCUUCCGAAUGUCGAGGAUCGCUACGAUCAUGUUCAACUUUCGUUGCCAGAAUCAAUUUCUGCGACCAUCAAGUUCAGUUCCAAGGAAUUUUCUGUCGAUGCCAAUGUAAACGCGCCCGCCAUCCCAGUAAAACCUAAACUAGUGUACUCCCCUUCCGUCCCGCUCGCUACACUUUCGACUUCCGCGUUCAGUAAUGAUGGAGUUUCAGCUUCAACUGAUGUAACACGACCGCAGUCACCUCAGCCCAAACCUCGCAACGUUUUCAUGAAAUCUCCAUCAGCAACCCAGAGAUCUCGGAGUCCGCUGCUCUCCCCCGGGGCGUCCCCUCGGGUGGGGGGGCAGCGGGACGAGCUCACCUCCCCGCCCCCCGUGCCUCCUCGCAAGUCCUCCCCCAUCCCCAGCCCUCCGUCUACCCCCGCGGUGCCUCACAGAUACAGCACUGGUGGCAGUGGAGGUAGUGGUGGCAGCGGCUACAGUGGUGGCAGUGGAGGCAGUGUUUACAGUGGUGGCAGUGAUGUCAGCAUGGACUACGGAGAAAAUAGUAGCAGUGUUUACAGUGGUGGCAGUGCUUACAGCGGUCUGGCAUCUGGCGCAUCUGCACGAAGUCUGGCAGCUGCGUCUGCUGCAGCUGCGGUGCCGCCGCUGCUGCCAGACGUGAGGGCGUCGUCGCCUGUCACAGCUGCAGCAGCUGUCACUGCAGCUGUGCUCAUGCUGGCAGGCAGCAGCCCUGUAGCUGCCAGCAGCGACAGCCCUGACGUCAACGACAGCGGAGGUGAGCUCGAGCCUGGAGGUCGGAGGUCUCCAUUCCGUCACCGCCCUCUCUCGGUCCCUCACGUCGUCCCGAGGACCUCCAAAAUUAAGUCCUCAGGCUCCAACCCUUCUCUCUCCUCCUCUUGCUCCUCCACGCCCCCUCAGGCUCCGUCGCCGUCUCCUUCUCUUCUCCAAUCUCUUCCUCCCUUCACACUGUCGACUCCUUCAUCUCCAUCGGCUCAGCUCAUAACUUUGUCUCCUCCGCAGCCCUCAACCCAGUUUUGCCCGCGACUCACCCCAGGCCCCGUUCAAUCAUCGCUGGGAUUCCUAUCACCAAGUCCUGUUCCUCCCUCCCCGAAUCCCUCGUGUUCCUCCACUCACUGCUCGAGUUCAUCGCUGAGUAGCGGCUCAACCAUCAUCUUCAACCUCUCAAGAGCCGCGUCAUCGAGCACACUCGGACAAAACAGCUCCACCACCAUUACGUACACUACACUGUCGCCGGAUGACGAUAGCGACGACGAUGCCGGCGACUCUGAUCAGCCUGUUGCUGACCACGCUGCUUUGCCCGCUGAAGGUAGCGAGGAAUCGCCUGCGUCGACGUCAGAACGGCAACAAGCUCGGGUCUGCAGUGCCACUUCCGUGGACCAGCAGCUGGAAGAUAUCAGACAAGAAAAUCAGAGCCUUCUCGGCGCUGUCGCCACCCAGGAUAUGGAAGACGAAGAUGAUGUUGAAUCUAAUCACUACGAACGGCUGCAGGACGCUGGAGAGCCUCUGCCCACCCCGCUGAGAACAGGACCUGAGAGCCAAGAGCGUCCUUCUCGUCGGGACCCGCUCUGCCCGCCAGGCUUUGCGCCUCCAACGCCCAGACUUUCUCGCAACUCUUCGGAGGAGACAAAAUCUGGGCUAACUUCAUCUUUUGAAGCGAAGGCGGAUCAAGCGUCGCUUGUGCAUUCACACGAUCCAGUCGAGGAGAUGAUUCAAGGACAAGUAUCCUUGUUGAUCCCUGUCCCAAUCCAUUCUGCUGCAUCAUCGACUCCAGGCAGUCCUUUGCCAGCGCGUCCGCCAUCCCUGCAGCAGCGAAAACAUUCCCACGAGCUCAUGCCCUCCCAGCGUCUACAUUCCCUCGAGCACAUCCCUCAGCAGAGGAAAUUCUCAUUGGAGAAUCCCCACGCUCAGCCCAGUGGAUCUAAAGCAGGCUCUCUCGGCCAGCAGAUGCCGUACCACAGAUCAAGUGAUGGGUCAUCUGGAGGCCUCUUGGCCGCAGAACUCGAGCAGCGGCUACUGCAGCACCAGCAACUGCAGCGAGGGGACAGCACGUCGGUAAGAUGGGACCAAGCUUCCUCACGGUCUGCGUCCUCCAGUACUGCCGGAAUCGGUCAAGUGCCAAAAUUAUUGUUACCUCCAACUGUGCCUCCAACACUGACCAUAUCAACGUCGUCUCAUUUGUUGUCACCCCGCAACCCUCCGUCCUUGCCUAACACUCCACCUACGCUGCUGCUGACACCUACCAGCAGGACGGAGCCUCAAACUUCUCCGCAUCAUUACUCACUGUCUCCACAUCACCAAGCUCCCCUUCAGGCUGGAGGUGUGAAACCAAACCAAACUCGACCACGCACGAUCACGACGAGUCUGCUCCCUCCCGCCCCUGCAACGACCUCGCCCUCCCCGUCAUCUCCCUCGUCCAUAUCGUCGUGUUCGUCGUCGAGUAGCUCUGGCAGCCUCACUGUUCCAGGAGAAGUCAAACGGCGCUCCAGCCAUGGUCUGGAUCUGGCGGACAUUAGUGAAGAGCCUCACUACGAGAACACAGUCUUUGUCCCAGGAAGCCGGAAGUUUUCUGGAGAGCUGGAGGUGCCUUCAUUCCCCUCCUCCCCAGUGUCUCCAGGCCUUAGCGCCAGCCUCGCUCAGCCCACAGACAAAUCCCUGACCGUGCAGAGCGUCGUGCCCCUGACGUGCAGUGAUGACGACCACGUGACGACGAAGGCGGCGUACGAGAACCUGCCCGUGGAGCAGAUGGCGGUGCUCACGCACGAGGGCUUCCCUCAGGACGCCGUCAUCAGAGCGCUCCUCAUCACCCAUAAUAACGUCAAUAUGGCACGCAAUAUCCUCACAGAGUUCGCUUCCAAGAAAUCUUAAUGAAGCUUCAGCUCUAUGCAUGUCCUUUAACGUUGUUAGCAUUAAUCUCGACCAGAUACAAGGGAACGGGAGGUGUUUGGCUUGACCUAGCUGGGAUGCAGGUUAGUUGGCUGACGACAGUGGCAUAAGUUAUUCUGCCUUCAUAUACUAAAAUGUUAGAUUUUGAAUUUCCUUAUUGUACGAAAACAAUUCCAAUAAAAACAGCUUUAGUUUAGAAUGAUGAGUGUUACUGCCAGUACUUGAAUUAUUCAUUACCAAAUUUAGCUUCUACUUCAGCCCAUGCAAGUUUAUCAGUGGAUGCUUGUUGCCCAAUUCGUGUGAUUUUCAUGGUUUCGAAAAUUUAGGGAAAAGUUAAACAUGUGUUGCUAAACCUGAAAAUUUUUAAUGAUUCGAAAAACGAACGCAAUAAAUUUUAGUUACUGGCUCACUUCCGAUACACUAGAAAAGAUUACCAAUAUUUCUACUUCGAAAUUUAGGAAAAGCCUUGACAUGUAACCACACUUGAAUUUCAUUCACGUUUCCCAUCAGCACAUUGUUACUGGUUUGGACAGAACAUUUGUUCUCUAAAAUGUAAUAGCCGAUUUAUUCGGUUGCUUCACUUCGACUCCCGGCGUGAUUUUGUUAUGUACUCUGUAUCUUUACCAGAUUUGUUGAUCAAAAAGUUGAACAUUUUUCAAUGCAUUUUGUUUCUUUUGUAUAGCGUUGUAAUCGCUUGUUUAGUCUUAUUUUUAACAAAGCCUGUACAGAAUAAUUGUAUAAAUUUGAGACAUUUUUUACUUAAUAUUUGUAUAACAAGCGUUGAUUCUGGUUUGUUCUUGUUGACAGAUACGUUUAGGCUUUGCUUAAGAUUUCGUCAUUGCACUUUGUUUCGAAAUAUAAAUAAAUAGUAUUGGAAUCCGAAAAAAAAAAUCCUAAACGAGAGUCGAUAAAAGCUUAGAUUUUAGAAAUUUUCUUAUGCGGUAGUAACAAAAGUGCAUUGCAUUUGUUGAAUACGCGUGUAAACAGAGCCAGAAUUUCUUUGGGACCUGAAGCACAGCGCUGGCUCCGCCAUUACCGGGACAAUUCUGAGUACAUUCAAUGGUAUUGUUGGCAUAAACAAUUCUCUGAUUGAAGAAGACAUCAAUCAGAAGAAAAAAUUCUCAUUGAAGACAUUUCAAUCAGAAGACAACAAUUCUCUGAUUGAAGACAUUUUGGAUGACAUUCUGUGGAUUUCUAGUCUGCCGAGAGAUGAUAGUGAAGUGACGAUAGCUCGCACGUAAGACUAGUUGCCAAACAAUUGCGUGGUGGAUCGCAAUGAUCUGUAGUUUGUUAGUCGGGGAGUCGUUGAGAAUAAUAAUUCUCUAAAUAAUCAGUCUCUAUUUUGCUAUGUGUCAUAAAUAACUCUUCUUGUUAAGCUUCAUUGAUGAAGCUGCUUAUUGCAUUUUUAAAGCAUUACUAAUAAUAUUGACAACGUCGUACCAAAACUAGACUGUUAAAAGCACGUUUAGUGCAUCUUCGUUUUUGAUAAUGAAAUAAAAUAGUUGCUACGUCUGAAAUGCUCCUGCCUGGACAUACCGCAAUUAAUGUACUAUUUUUCUAACGCUGCUUAAAACUUGCCAUCUAUUUCGCUGUGGCAGUCCUGUUCGGGUCAUCGCCCUCGUUUGCCUGCACAUUGAAUAUAAUAUUCGGAGAUGGUGUACAGCUGUGAGCUUAGGAUGUACUCGGAUGCGUGGAUGAAGUAUUUUUUAUUGUAUUAGUUGAUGUGAAUGUUUAAACGAAGUUGAGUUUUCAAUUAUUCGGUCAACUUAUCCUCUAAUUCUGAAUUUUAUCCAAGUGAUUGCUAACAUGUUUUUUUGUACAUUAUUCAUCAAACGUGACCUGGACGGUGGUAUUAUCAUGUUUAUGAUCUAUAAAAUUUAAGCUUGUCUGUGAAAUGAGUGAUCAUGUUUACAAGAACGAGUGUCAGGUUGGAAGUUCAAGAAUUAUUGGCAGUGCUGUGAAUGAGAGAACAACAAUGAACCAGAAUGCAGUAUGUUUUUUACGUACGUGUGCUCUACGUUGAACUUAGUCUUUAACUGUUGUUGUUGUUGUUGACGUCGUGGCUGUUCUUGUCGGGUUUUGUCUGGUUUACUAUUUGGCAGCAACCACGCCGCUCUUUUUAAGCCUCCGCAAGCGACAGACAAGUGACCGAAACAAAAUAAAAACGCUUCUUUCUGUAAUUUGAGCCCUAAUUUUGCUCAUAAUCUCCUUCGGAAGUUGUACUAAAGUCCAGCUUCCUUGUUGAGAUGAAACAAAUGGGUUCCUGGUGCGAAAAUUUGUGUUUGAGGAAUGUCACGGUGUCUGGCCAUGAAAGACUCGUAUGUUGGGGCUCUGAAUAUCGUCACAUUUCUGCCUUUUGUACGCAAGCUUCGACAUACUAGGAACGCUCGAUAAAAUAAACUGUACUGAACCUCUACUGUUCGACACACUCAAGUGACCGCCUCAACCGCUCCAGAUGAUUGAUGCCCAUACAGCUUUUGCGCGCUCUUUGCUUCCUAUCUCGUGUUCCAUUGCGAGGGAUUUUGCUAGAAUUUUCUUGUGCUUUUGGUCAUCGACAUUGGUCCCUUUGUUGGUGCAUUUUUCUCAUGCUCUUUUUCAAAUAUUUUUUUGUUCAAUAUGUUUUGAUUUGUUGCUUACGUAAAAUACUGGAGUAGGAAAAAGCUCAAGUGCCAUAACUGAGAAUUCCAAUUCAACUGCAGGGUCGUCUUUGAGGAGCCCCGUUGUUUUGUAUGUUGCAGAGGGUGGAAUAUGCAAGCAAACUUAAGCAACUGUCAUUGUCUGUCCAAACUAUUUCAUUAGAGAAUAUUUAUCGUAUGUUGCAAUUAAACGGAUGAUCAAAUCACCUUACAUGGUCGGUUUCAUAAUUGAUAUUUGAAAAUUUUUAUUCUGUUUCGGCGAUAUAGGUUUGACUAUGUAAAAUAGGCUUAAUUUCUGCAUCUUGCUACUCAGCAUUCCAUUGAAACUAGUGUGGUUAAUGAUGGUAAUUUAUCUCGUGAAGUUCUGUCGCUAUUGGUUCAUCGUAUUAAUAAUUUACUGAAUUAUCCUAUUAAUGGUGUUGGUUUGAGGGCCUCGUGCUGCUCUGCUGUAGUGUCGGUGUGGUCUUCUCUGCCAGGAUGAAGUGUUUACAAAUACAUGAUAUGAUUUUUUUUCUCGUCAGUCAUAAAGUAUUAAGGUUUGCAUUUUUUGCUCCGUAUUCAUGAAAGAGGAAAUUCUUUCAGAAGUUGCAACGGUCAGCAAUUGUUUUGUUACGCAAACGUUUCAGUAAUGUGCACAUUGUUAGAGGAUCAUUUUCUUCUGUCGCUAUGAACUCUCAAAUUUAAUUGCCAUCUGCUAAUGAUUUUCAUUUUAAUAAGUCAUUUCAAUAAGAGGAUCAACUGUUUGCUUCAUUCUUCUCCCAAUUCUGGAGUCGCAAAUAGCCGAUUACAAACAUCGUUUGUAAUCGUUUCUUACGUUAAAGCUUCUGUGUCACCAUGUCUGUUAGUGCAUUUCCAUUGCAAUAUUACAACUUAACAAGUAUGGGAAACCCUCGUGUGUAAAUUGUGCCAAAUCAAGAAUAAAUUUUCUUAUGCCAA